UUGUUAAGGCCAACAAACGAUCGCUAGGCUUUAUGUUCAGGGUAGGCUACACAUAGUUUAUGCUGCAUUGAGCGAGUGUAGCUACAGGCCUACCUGUUAAUUUAUUACAGGCACUGGCUCGUGAUCACAGAGGACCGACUGAUGGUGACUGCAAGACGGGAGCCUCACCUGGUGUUGGUGACAAUGACGGCCAAGGGAGAAGACAUCUGCCUUAACGCCCUUGACAUGGAGGAGUUAAGGGUUCCUCAGCAUCAGCCGAACAAUAGCAUAGCCUACUGAACUGCAAGUUGCCUAUCCUGAUGCAGGGCUAAUCAUGCUGCUGUCGGAGGCUUCUCUGAGAGACCUGAACUCCAGGCUAGACAAGGAUGUUACUGUGGCCCAGUACCGCCCCAGCAUCGUAGUGAAUGACUGUGAGGCCUGCAGUGAGGAUUCCUGGAACAAUAUCCAGAUUGGCACCGUAAGGAUAAAGCGGGUCAUGGCUUGUGGAAGCUACCGUCUGUGUGAUCCAUCAGACAAGAAGGUGUACGGAACAGCCCCUCUGUUUGGACAGUACUACAUCGUCAAACAGACCGGGACCCUUCACGUUGGCGAGCCUGUCUACAAGAUAAGCUACUGAGAUACCCGUGAAUGUUAGCAUCAUUAGAUUGCUUCUAUUUUGAACAUGUCAGUGGUAUCAUUGUACCUUGUGUUUUCACUAAUUGCCUAAUUACUAUAUUUUAGUUACAGUAUAUGAUCAAGCCUAUUUUAUACAGUCUAUAGAUCCAGUGAUGCAUAAUGAAGGUGAUUGUAAGCAAGAUAGUUGCUGACUACUGGAUUAUGAUUCCCU